CCAUUUUGUGCCACCCCUCCCCUCAGGUUUGAAUGAGGAGCCGCAGCCGCCGCCGCCAUGUCCUCCGCCGCCGCCGCUCCGCCUCCCGCCGUCCCGCCGGGCCCCCCGCGCUCGGGUGCGGCCGCCUCCUCCUCCUCGGCGGGGACUCCGCUGUCGCCGACGCGCCUGUCCCGCCUGCAGGAGAAGGAGGAGCUGCGGCACCUCAACGACCGCCUGGCCCACUACAUCGAGCGCGUGCGUGCGCUGGAGCUCGAGAACGACCGGCUGCUGCUGCGCGUAUCGGAGAAGGAGGAGGUGGUCACGCGCGAGGUGACUGGCAUCAAGGCCCUCUAUGAGUCGGAGCUGGCUGAUGCCCGGAGAGUUCUCGAUGAAACAGCCAGAGAGCGGGCAAAGCUCCAGAUCGAAAUCGGAAAACUGCGGGCGGAACUUGAUGAGCUCUGUAAGAGCUAUAAAAAGAAAGAUGGUGAGUGGUCCACCUCUCAAGGCCGCAUCAAGGAGCUGGAGGUCCUCUUCCAUCGGAGUGAAGCCGAACUCACCACCACCCUGAGCGAGAAGCAGAACCUGGAGGCCGAAGUGGCCGACCUGCGGGGACAACUGGCUAAGUCAGAAGAUGCCCAUACCGUGGCCAAAAAGCAGCUGGAGAAGGAGACCCUCAUGCGGGUGGACCUGGAGAACCGCUGCCAGAGCCUGCAGGAGGAGCUGGACUUCAGGAAGAGCAUUUUUGAGGAGGAAGUACGGGAGACGCGCAAGUGGCACGAGCGCCAGUUGGUGGAGGUGGACAGCAGCCGCCAGCAGGAGUAUGAAUCCAAGAUUGCCCAGGCCCUGGAGGACCUGCGCAAGCAGCAUGAUGAGCAGGUCCACCUCUACAAGCAGGAACUUGAGCAGACCUAUCAAGCCAAGCUGGAGAAUGCCCGGCUCUCCUCCGACCAAAACAGCAAGGCUGCCAGUGCUGCUCAGGAGGAGCUGAAGGAGGCCCGCAUGAGGAUCGAGUCCCUCAGCUACCAGCUCUCCGGCCUGCAGAAACAGACCAACGCUGCUGAAGAGCGGAUCCGGGACCUGGAGGAGCUGAUGGGGAGUGAGCGGGAGAAGCUGCGGAAGAUGCUGGAGGUGAAGGAGCGGGAGAUGACGGAGAUGCAGGACCGGAUGCAACAACAGCUGCUGGAGUACCAGGAACUGCUGGAUGUCAAGCUGGCCCUGGACAUGGAGAUCAACGCUUACCGGAAGCUGUUGGAAGGAGAAGAAGAGAGGCUGAAACUGUCUCCAAGCCCUCCACCCCACAUCACUGUCUCGCGGGCCACCUCCUCCUCCAGUGGCGCCUCAGUCCCUCGCUUGUCCCGGGGGAAACGGAAGCGUGUCGAUGCGGAGGAGCUCUCCGGCAGCAUUUCCAGCGGGAUCGGGACCAGCAGCAGCAGUGCAGGCAGCAGCUUCCAAAUGAGCCAGCAGGCCUCAGCCAAAGGCAGCAUCAGCAUCGAAGAGGUGGAUCCUGAAGGAAAGUAUGUCCAGCUGAAGAACCAUUCUGACAAGGAUCAGUCUCUCGGGAAUUGGAGACUGAAGAGGAAAAUGGGGGAUAGUGAGGAAAUCGCUUACAAAUUCACCCCCAAGUAUGUUCUCCGAGCUGGGCAAACUGUCACGAUCUGGGCUGCUGACGCUGGAGUGACCCACAGCCCUCCCUCGGUCCUCGUGUGGAAGAACCAGAGCAGCUGGGGCACGGGUACCAGUAUCUGCACUUACUUGGUGAACUCGGAUGGAGAGGAAGUUGCAGUGAGAAGUUUGACCCAGUCCUCCACUCUGCUGCAGGAGAAUGAGGAGGACGAUGAGGCUGAGUUUGGCGAGGAAGACCUUUUCCACCAGCAGGGGGACCCCAGGACAACCUCCCGAGGCUGUGCUGUCAUGUGAGCUGAAGCCCACUGCCCAACCUUCCACCUCCUUCGCUCCCUCCUUUGCCCAGGAGCUCUGAAAACUAUUUUUAUACAUCUGCUCUGAUCCCUCCUUUUCCCUCUUCUUUUUGAAAAUGGAAAUCAUGCUUUGGUACACUUUUUAAAGAGAGAACCUCCUCAGCCUGGUUUGGAGGGUUCGCCUGCUGCUUAGGGAGGCUGCUGGCCCUGGAAACCAAAGGCCAAUGUGGUGUUGAGGGCUCCAGAACAACAUGUUGCCUUGGGGAGGAAAGUAUGCCUUAGAUGCCUCCCCCCUGUGUGGAAGCUCUGGAACACAUCGUGAGUUUCUACAGUGCGUGUCCCGUUGCAUUGGUUCAACCAAAGGUUGGAGGUGGGAAAGAGCCCUGCUAAUGCCAGAAACCCACAGCAUCCUUGUUGGGCAUCCUCCCAGCUUCUCUAGGAAAGGAGACCGCCCCCCCCCCCCCAGCCUCCCUCUGUUCCAAGAAGCCUCUGAAAGGGCUCGGGAAGAUGCUGCAGGGCCCAGUUGUCCAGCCUGCCUUUCUCCUUAGCUUUUCCCUUCCAGCCACCUUGUUCCUUGGCAGAGAAGCGGCCUGGUAGGGAAGCGGCCCCUGCCCCUCAGAUAAUUGGGCAUGCUGAAGCCCCUCGGUGGGACUAAUUGUGCUUGGAUAGACUUGAUGCUGAGCUCCCUCCACAUGCCACUGGUGUCCGGCUGUGCCCCAGAGACUGCUGGGCUGGAAAUGGUGUGCUGGGGAGCAACAUGCCGGUAGAGUCCUGGGAAGCUGCUUUGUGCAGAUGGAAAGGAGAGCGGCUGCUUUGCAGCUCCUUAGAAAAGCAUGGAUUUGGGAGCACCAGGGGGGUGGUGAUGGGGAUCCUGACCUCCAGCCUUCCAGCUGUUUGCAAAGCCAAGCUUACCAUGGCUUUACUCGCCCUGCUCAAAGCAAAGGAAACUGGAUUUUGGGGAUUAUGGAGCAGAUGUUAGCUGUAAGACUAAAACACUUUUUGUCAAAACUUGUCAUGAGAAUCUGGGCCCACACACCAGUGCAUCCUGCGUGCUCUUGCCCUCCAAAGUUGGAAACAUGUAAGAUUUACAGAUUCUUUGGUGUGAUUGUUAAGAGUUGGUUUUUGCAUCUUCCUCUCAAGGGUUGGCCAUGAAGCUCACAGGAUCCUUUUUUUUAAAGUCAAGAGUCAGUCCCAAGCUGUGUGGAAGGGCUGUUUGUAAUACACAUGAAGUCUGUUCACACCAGUAGGCAAUGAUUGCUGGAGAAUCUUCCACCCUGUGACUCUCAGAUGUCCGAGCUGCCUCCUUUGAGCAGCGUCCUGCUACAAGGCCCUGCUUCAAGCUUGUUCUGGUAAUUGGGCUUUCCCUAAGUUGCAAGGCACGCCUUGAUUAUCAGUGGCAUGCGUGCUUAUUUGCAUAGAUCCUAAGAGAUGGCUUUGGCAAAACAACCCACUAGUUCCCUAACCAGCUUAAAAACUCGAUCUUAAAAGAUGAUCCGAAUUCUAACAAACCUCCAGAUUUUGGCAAUGAGCAGGCCUUCAGCUCCUGUUUUGAUUCCAAGCCUCCGUGGUCGUCCUCGGCUUCAGCUUGAGGACAUUUCUUGUUUCUUGCCAUGGUCACACAUUCUGGUCAGAGGGAGAACAUUGUCUCAAAUUGUCACCAGUGGGGAGGGGAUGUUUCCUGACUUUCCCCACAAGCUGGAUGCAAGUCAAGGGACUGGGAAGGAAAAGUCAACCUUCAUAUUACAGAGUCAGUGGUGCUAAUAUUCCAGACACAUUGAUGCCAUUCAUGAUCAUUGUUGAUGUAAAAAUGUUUUAGAAGUUUGAAUCUGUUGAGCCACUUGCGGAAAAGCCCUCAAAAAAAAAAAAAAGGGGGGGGGAUGAUGGGGUGAAGCAUAUGGAUUUUCUUUUCCCAUAUUUUCUCCCCCACAUGUUCUUUCAGUUUGGACUGUUGGGCUGAACGUGCUGUAGGUUGUGCUUAUUUGGUCAGCUUCUAGGGCAUCGGACCAAGACUGCUUGCUGCCCCUGAACAUCCUUGCUGAGGAGGGAACAUGCUUUUCCAAGGUGCUUCCUGGCCUCUGCCCCCCCUCGCAAACCCGGCAGCAUCCUGUGAUCUGGCCAUACUGGCUGGUCAGAUCCCUUCCCUGUGAUCUCAAAGAUGUGAAUGUCCACAAAUGCAGCCUGAGCCAUCCCUGUUCCCUCGAGGCAGAAGAGUGGGGUCUUGGGUGUUCCGUGAAAUCUGAGCCUGGAACCAUCUCCUUUGGUGGAUACCUGUAGGGCUCACAGUUGCUGAUCCGGAAUUCUGCCAUGGACCGUUGCUUGGACGCGCUUUGAAUUUUGCCUUUCCUUGUCCAGAGCUCGUUCCAGGGAGCCCCCAGCCCCACUGACUUCUGCAAUGAAGGUGAGUGUCACCUGCCCCUUGACAUUCCUCUUGGAUUUUUCCGGGCUUCCUGGCUGAGCAGUGAUGAGAACUAGAAUGGCUUAAGUUACUUUCCUUUUCCCCAUGAGACCCUCCCCCUAUGGGGUCUGUGUUCCUGCUUUGGGGUAGGGACAUACCCCAGAGGCCAAGCUGGAUUGCAGACCAGCUGGGAGUCAUUCUGCCGCCGAGCCUCAACUUUUGUUAAUUGCUCAAGCUGAGAAUCCCAAAUGUUUGUUUCUGGCAGUUUGUUCUGCAUCUUCAGUUCCUCAUCCAGCUGUCUGACCUUCCUUCCGCCCGGUUCCUCAUGGACUUGCUUGUUUCUGAUGCAGGUUGGUCGCUUCUCAUUCUGGGCCAUGUCUUAAAAGUGCUGAGUGUCUUUAAAAUGCCAAACUGACACUUCCCGUUCCCUCUCCUACAGAAAAUCAGAAUUAAACAGCUGCCCUCACCUUCCAAACAGAACUUCCAGCAUUGGGAAGACUGAUCUUGCUUAUGUGAACCUUUUACCAGGGGGAAAGCUGUCGAAUCGUUUCUUGCUCUUGCGUGAAACUCCCAGUUACAUCAUGCUGCACGGAAACUCUUCAUUUCCUUUCUACUCCCAUUAAAUCUCUUAGGAGCUGAUAGCUGGACCACAUGUUGUAGGUUAUUCACCAGCUCCUUCUCUCCCUGCCUCAGUCUCCCCGUUUCUUUGCCUGCCCCCAAACCAUUUUCACUGAGCCCUGAGCAGCUGGGGGGAACGAUUCACUGGGAGAGGGCUGUAACUGCUGAUAGAUGGCUAGCCAUGACUGAAGAAACACAAUUAAGCACGCCUACCUUCACACUCGGAAAUAACAAAGCACUUCUUUUAAGCCCAUAUUUAUGUACGAUCAUAGAAAAAUGUCAGUGCUGCUUUGAGGUGCUUAAGUAUAGAGAAGAAACUGCUAAAAAAAAUCACAUUUGGGAGGCUUCUGAGGUCCCCUCCAAUCUCCACAGUGGUGGGGUUCCGGCAGCAUCUUUUCUGCCUAGGUCUUGACUGGCUGCUGGACUUGGGUGAUGCCCACCAGGCUGUUCCACCCUCAUUUUGAGCAAGGGUCUUCCUGGGGACCCCCACACAGUCCCCAAUUGAAACAUGCUCCCUGCAUGGUGGCACUCCAGAGAAACACAAAUGUCUGAUGACCUGCUGAGCCACCAAGUUCUCACAAGCAAUAAGCGGUCUGAAACACAAAAGGACCAGGAACUUUAUACAGAUACGUUCCCUCCUUAGAACUCUAUUUUUGUAGCUGUGAGUUGUUGCUUGCGUUACUUUUGGAGUUUAGAAAUGGAGCAGUGGCAUUUCUGAGCAAUAUGCAACCAGGAGGGGCUAGGGGGCUAGGUCUCGCAAAGUUUUGGUGCAACAGGCAGAGUCAGUUGGGAGAAAACUAAUUGACAGACUUCCCCAUUUCACUGUCCCUUCGCUUUAUGAUGGAUAUGCAUGCCAAAUGUCUUUUUCAAUUAUUUGUAAUAUACAUUUUGGACUGGAAACAUUUUGUACAAGACUCCAAUAAAUGUUUUGCAUUUUUA